CCAUUUGUGAUACCUACUGGAGCAUAAAAGAUGCUGAUGUGGUCUGUCGUAUGAUUGGAUAUAAAUCAGCUACUAAUAACUACACCCACGCAAUCCCUUAUGGACAAGGUGCUGGUACUGUUUGGUUGAAUGAUGUCAUUUGUACUGGGACUGAGAAUACAUUGCUUGAGUGUUCUUAUUCAGGAUUCGGCAUUCAUAAUUGUCAUCACAAUCAUGAUGUUGGAGUUUCCUGCUCUAGAUCAGCAGUUUGCUAUGGUUUCUUUGGUACUAUUGCUAAUUCAACCAGUGUAUACAUCAGUCAAGGACCCUCUAAAGUCGCUGGUAGGUACAGUGAAGGGACUAUUGUUAGCUACUCAUGCAAUGACCACUUUGCUCCUCUUGAUGGUCACACUACAGUACAAUGUACCAGCAGUGGCUCUUGGUAUCCUAAUGUACCUCAAUGUGCUGCAAGCUGUCCAAGAUUGGCUUCACCAGCUAAUGGGAGUCUGUCAACUAACAAUACAGGAUCAGGAACAACAGUUACAGUAUACUGUAAUACUGGCUAUGAACUUCAUGGUACACCUAUUACUUGUCUUUCUCUUGAAUUGUUCUUAUUUCCCAUUGAUACCACACCUGACUGUUAG